GUUGCCGGAAUAUGAAGCUACGGUUGAGACGCCACGAGACCAGAGAAACCCUAAAACUUGAAUUGGCCGAUACGGCCACUCUCCAUGAUCUCCGACGACGGAUCAUUUCAUCGGCGCCUUCCUCCGUUCAUCUAUCGCUUAAUCGCAAGGACGAGCUCCUCGCGCCUUCGCCGGAGGAUACGCUCCGAUCGCUCGGUGUAACAUCCGGUGACCUUGUUUACUACUCUCUCGAUCGCUCCGCUUUUGUUACAUCGGUUGAGGAGAUCGGAUUAGCGUCGUCGGCAGAGGCAGAUCAAGUCCUAGCUCCAAGUGGCGAAUCAUCGGACGGGAAAUUGGGAGAUUCCGCUACAUCCCGAGGUCCACAAUCGGAGAGGAGUCACGAUUCGAUGGGUAUUGAAUUCGCAGAGGUCGAUGUAGAUAUGAAUAUCCACAAUCAAGCGAGAACCGAUCCGAAUUCAGUCGUUGAAGAUCCAGCCGAAGGAUCCAUUGGUGAAAAUCCGGGCAUGGAGGGUCCAGAACCGAUGGAUGUAGAGCAGCUUGACGUGGAGCUCGCUGCCGCUGGGAGCAUAAGGUUAAGCGAACCAUUCUUUUUGAAAAAGAUACUGCUUGAGAAAUCUGGUGAUACCAGUGAGUUAACUACAUUGGCUUUGUCAGUUCAUGCUGUUAUGUUAGAAUCUGGAUUUGUGCUGUUGGAUCAUGGCUCUGAUAAGUUUAGCUUUUCAAAGGAGCUACUUUCGGUGUCCCUAAGGUAUACUCUGCCUGAGCUAAUUACCAGUAAAGAAAGCAAUACAAUCGAGUUUGUUACUGUGAGGUUUCAGAGCUUAGGCUAUAUGGUUGUAGUUUACGGGAAUCUAAGUGGGUAUAAAGGGCAAAAGGUUAAUCUUGAGAAGCGUAGGUUUGUGCCUGUGAUUGAUUUGGUUAUGGAUACUUUGAAGUCGAGCAAGGAAGGCUCUUCGAGCAUCUACCGCGAGAUGUUCAUGUUCUGGAGAAUGGUGAAAGAUGGUCUUGUUAUCCCGUUGUUGAUUGGUCUUUGCGAUAAAGCUGGACUGGAACUUCCACCGUGUUUGAUGCGUCUACCAACAGAGCUGAAGCUGAAGAUACUAGAGUCGCUUCCUGGCGCGAGUGUCGCAAAGAUGGCUUGCGUUUGUACAGAAAUGCGGUAUCUUGCAUCAGACAAUGACUUGUGGAAACAGAAGUGCGUGGAAGAAGCUGAGCAUCUUGUUGUCGUGCAUGGAUCCGGUGUUAACGUUAACUGGCAGGCAAAGUUCGCUGCUUAUUGGAGGCAACACCAUCGACGAUUGCGCACAGCUAGACGAACCUUACGAAACUAUGUCACGGAUAGAAACAAUCGCAUUCCUUUUCCUCGGAUCCUUAGAGACCCUGACCCUUUCGGAAUGUUUAAUGGGGAUCACUUGCAUGGAUCUAUCGGUUUCCACUCGAGACAACCAGCACGGGGGCUUGGCCGACGAGGAUGGGGACGGGGUUUUAGUCCUGGAUGCAAUCUUGGUGGAAGCAACUAGCAAACUUGAUGAGUGAUCUGAUGGAAACGGUGUAUCUUUUGGAGGUAGGAGAAGUAGGUGUAUAUGUCUUUCGAUAUCAGCAUAAUAAAUCUCUUGGAUACUUUAUAAGUUGUAUCCUUAAAUAAGUUUUUUUUUUUGGUUUUGUAUGUAUUUCUCUUGUUCUUGCCAUGCUUAUGCUAUUUGGUUGCGCUUUUAUGAGUUUUUUCUGUAAAGUUUUUGACCAACUUAUAAUAAUAUCACAUUCC